CUACUCCUAGGACCGCACAUUGAAAUGGCCUUUUAGGCUUAGGGUCGGAGUCACAGAGCGAGUAGCAAAAGUCAGAAGGCAGUAGAAACUAUAAAGUAAAGAAUGGCAGAAGAAGGAGAGAAGAAAUCCGGAAAUGGUAACGCCGAGACAGGGUCGUUAGUAGAUAAAGACGAGGGAGAAAUUGGAAUGAAGCCAUGGGAGCAACACUCUACAGUGAUCAGCAUCCCUCGAUUCGACUACAACGCUCCCUCUUCUAUCCUUCGUCAAUCUCGCUGUGGCUUCCUCAUCACCUGCCCCAUCAAGAGGGAAAAAAGCGCAACAAAAGAAGCAUUUUGUAUUUUGGAAAAGCCUCUAUGAUUCAGCCCUGCAGUGAAGCCAUGGAAUCUCUACUAGAUCCGUAUGGUGAUCUAUUUGAAGAACCAUGUAAUAUACCUCCAAUUGGACAAGGAUCUGAACAUGGCGGUGAUGGUAGCGGCGGCGAUAGUGGCAGCGGUGAGGAUGGUGAGUCUAGCCUCCUCGCUCUUCUCCGAUUCAGCAACACGACGAUAGAGCGAGGAGAUGGCCCUUUCCGGCGGAAAAUUUCAGCUGUAACCCAACCCAACACCAUGGUUGUCCUACACCCACCCUAGGCUGAGCCCACACUCUCCAUACCUUCCCUAAACAUCCAAAAUAUUUCCUUUUCAAAAUAAAGUUUUCCUACUCCUAUUUUAGGCCCUGGCCGAAAAUAAGAGUGUGUAAACCACAACCUUUUGUUUGUUGUUAUUUUCUUUCUUUUAAACCUUUUAAUAAACAAAUAAAACCUUCUAUCCUUUUCUAUAAAUCCCAGGCCAAAUAUCCCUCAUUAUCCCAACACAACAUCAACCAAGAUAUUCCCCAUUCUUGUCCCCUUUAUGUUCCCUACUAGGGCCGAAU